AAGAAACAUCCCUCUAGGAGAGAUCCCAUGAGAAAUAAUUAGCCAUGUUUUACCGGCUCGCCGUAGUGCUGUGUCUCCUGGUGAACUCAGUCGCCGGAGGUUUUAACUUCACCUAUAAUGGGUUUCGGUCGGUGAAUUUGAGCCUCGAUGGUGUAGCAGAGGUCACUUCCAAUGGACUCUUGAAGCUCACCAAUGAUUCGGAUCAGCAACAGGGUCAUGCUUUCUACUCUUCCCCUGUGAAACUCAAGGAUUCCACAAACGGCACUGCUUUCUCCUUCACGACCACCUUCGUCUUCGCCAUACUCCCACAAUACCCCACUCUCAGCGCUUCCGGAAUGGCUUUUGUAAUUUCACCAAGCAGAGGCCGUCCGGGUGCUCUGGCGAAUCAAUAUCUCGGCCUGUUCAACGAGAGCAACAAUGGAAAUGACACCAAUCAUGUUGUUGCAGUGGAACUCGAUACGAUACAGAAUGUCGAGUUCAAGGACAUAGAUAACAACCACGUCGGAAUUGAUGUUAAUGGGUUGACGUCCAAAGUGUCCCAUGGAGCUGGGUAUUAUGUGGACGGCACCGGCCAAUUUAUAAACCUGACGCUGAUCAGCGGACAGCCAAUGCAACUUUGGGUAGAAUACAAUAGUCUAGAACAGAGAAUGAAUGUCACCUUAGCUCCAAUUAAUGUUCCUAAACCCAAACUCCCACUUUUGUCUCUGUCGAGGGAUUUAUCGCCCAUCGUCAACGAUACUGUAUAUAUCGGAUUCUCAGCGUCAACGAUUGCGGUCGUAACAUCUCAUUAUGUUUUGGGUUGGAGUUUUAUGAUUAACGGCCAAGCAGAGGAGCUCGUUAUUUCACGGCUGCCUAAGCUUCCUCGCAGAGGACCGGAGCAAACAUCAAAGUUUUUAACAAUUGGAUUGCCUCUGAUUUCCCUGACUCUGGUUUUCGCAACAGUUUCAGGGGUUUUUUAUUUCAUACAGAGGAAGAGGAAAUUCGCAGAUGUAGUUGAAGAUUGGGAACUCGAUUACAGGCCUCAAAGAUUCAAGUACAAAGAUCUGUACGUAGCCACAAAAGGGUUCAAGGACAAAGGGUUACUGGGUUCCGGUGGGUUUGGUAAGGUUUAUAAAGGAACAUUACUCACCUCCAAAUUGGAGAUAGCCGUCAAAAAGGUCUCUCAUGAAUCAAGACAGGGGAUGAAGGAAUUCGUGGCGGAAAUUGUUAGCAUCGGUCGUCUCCGUCACCGGAAUUUAGUACAACUCCUGGGGUAUUGCCGGAGAAAAGGGGAGUUGCUCUUGGUCUAUGACUACAUGCCCAACGGAAGUCUGGACAAGUACCUCUAUGGCCAGCCGAACGUCACCCUGAAUUGGAGACAGAGGUUUAGGGUCAUCAAGGGCGUAGCCUCGGGGCUACUCUAUUUGCACGAAGAAUGGGAACAAGUUGUGAUUCAUAGAGAUGUAAAGGCCAGCAAUGUUCUCUUAGACAGUGAAUUGAACGGAAGAUUAGGAGAUUUCGGGUUGGCGAGAUUGUAUGGUCAUGGAACGGAUCCACAGACGACACAUGUGGUGGGUACUCUAGGGUACCUAGCGCCGGAGCACACCCGAACAAGGAAGGCCACAACCAGCACCGAUCUGUUUGCUUUUGGUGCCUUUUUGCUAGAAGUUGCCUGUGGAAGAAGGCCGAUUGAGCCACAAGGUGAAACAGAGGAUUUGAUCCUGGUUGAACUGGUGUUUUCGUUUUGGCAAAGAGGGGAGAUUCUUGAGAUCAGAGAUCCAAAAUUAGGGACGGAUUUUGUGGCAAAGGAGGUGGAGUUGGUAUUGAAGCUGGGGUUACUCUGUUCACAUUCAGACCCCAGAGCCAGGCCAAGCAUGCGCCAAGUGGUGCAGUACUUAGAAGGGGAUGUUCCUUUACCGGACUUAUCAGCACUAGGCCUGACUGCCAGUGGCCUAACGUUUGCCCACGGUGAAGGUUUUGAUGACUUUGUCACGUCCUAUCCGUCUUCCAUGGAUAAGGCACAUACACAUUCCUCUUCAAUUGCAGAAUCCCUACUUUCAGGAGGUCGAUGAAUCUGGAAACUUUUGUAUUUUAUUUUGUGUUUCGUACGGAAUAUUUUGUUUGUGUUUUUCUCUAUAGAAAACUGUAAAAAAAAAUUACAAUCCGCACUCCAAAAACGACAUCAUUCAUUUUUUAUUCUGGAAAAGCCCUCAUUCCUCUUAAUCUCUUCGCAGUCGUAAUCCUCUUCUUCAUUGUUCGAAUCUGAUAGGUUGUGUACCUCUUCUCCAACACAAUUGCUCUUCUUCCAGUCGAUCACUAAAGGAUUUCUUCUCGCCUGUUUGGUAUCAAAGAGCGCCUAGGGUUCAAUUUGUAAAUGAAGGUGGGACAGGGAACCUUGGUGGGGUUUGUGCAGCAUCUUUUUACUCUUGAGGAGGAGAUUGUUGUGGUUUAUGUGUAUGAAAUUUAGCUUGAGCCUCCCUUGGGUUCAAGGGAAAGGACUUGGAAAGUUCUUGAUGCAGUUAAUUUAACUUAUUACUAGAAAGCUUAUUUCAAAUUUUGUUGCUUUUUAUCUUAAAUUGAAUUGAAUUUGAUUUUCUUGAGUUUUCAUCUUUUUUUUUGUAAAAUCAAUGGGUGCUAUGUUGUUAACUGUUCAAAAAGCAAGCUUUUUGACUAUGAAUUUUUACAAAAACAAGCCAAGGUAAGCAAAUGAAUAUGGAAAUAUUUUUUUGGAGCCUUAAUGAAAUAGCUAUGAUCAUUUUGUGGGUAAAGCACAACUUAAGUGCUUCAUCGAGUGUAUGGGAUUUUAGAUAGAGCCAUAAUGCAUUCUUGGAGUAGUAUCAUGGUUGUCUCUUGCGUGUAUCACAUUUUCUUUAAGUAUAUCUCUAAUUACAUGAAUGCAAAACUCUUGGAAUUAUGCACACACUAAAUGAAAACAAUUUGGUUCU